AUGCCACCGGUUUUAUCACCGGUUUCAUACCGGUUAAUCACCGGUUAUCCGAUAAACCUUAAACCUCUUGUUAAUCCGGAUCACUGUCCGGUCCAGUUUCGACAACAAUGGUAUAUACACAUCUACCACUUUCAACAACGUUUCCCGAAAAAGAUCCUUUCAUUUCCCCCAAUUUCAUUUCUCCGUUCCCGUCGUCUAACUCUGUCUUCGCCGGAGCCGGUCCUCAUGGAGAAAGCAAUCAACAGGCAGCGCAUCCUUCUCGAUCACCUCCGCCCUUCUUCCUCCUCCUCCGAUCACGCCCAUGGCUCCGCUCUCUCCGCUGGGGAUAGCGCUGCCUACCAGAGGAACUCGGUGUUCGGCGACGAUGUCGUGAUCGUGGCGGCUCAUCGAACUGCCUUGUGCAAGUCUAAACGUGGCAGUUUCAAGGAUACCUUUGCCGAUGAUUUGCUUGCACCAGUUUUGAAGGCAGUGAUAGAGAGAACAAAUCUAAACCCAAGUGAAGUUGGGGAUAUUGUUGUGGGAACGGUGCUGGCACCAGGAUCACAAAGAGCAAGUGAGUGCAGGAUGGCUGCAUUCUAUGCUGGUUUCCCUGAAACCGUGCCUGUCAGGACUGUGAACAGGCAGUGUUCAUCGGGUCUUCAGGCAGUUGCUGAUGUUGCUGCAGCUAUCAAAGCUGGAUUUUAUGACAUUGGCAUUGGAGCUGGGUUGGAGUCCAUGACCGUGAACCCAAUGGCUUGGGAUGGUGAUGUGAACCCAAAAGUAAAAACUUUUGAACAAGCUCAAAAUUGCCUUCUGCCUAUGGGCGUGACUUCAGAAAAUGUUGCUCAUCGAUUCAGUGUGACUAGGAAGGAGCAGGAUGAAGCUGCAGUUGAUUCCCAUAGGAAAGCUGCUGCCGCUACAGCUGCUGGUAAAUUCAGGGAUGAAAUCAUCCCAGUUUCUACGAAGCUUGUUGACCCAAAGACGGGUGAUGAGAAACCCAUCACAGUUGCUGUUGAUGAUGGGAUUCGUCCCAACGCAUCUGUGGCGGACUUGGCCAGAUUGAAGCCCGUCUUCAAGAAAGAUGGAACCACUACUGCUGGAAACUCAAGCCAAGUGAGUGAUGGUGCUGGGGCUGUAUUGCUCAUGAGGAGAAGUGUUGCAAUGCAAAAGGGUCUCCCCAUCCUUGGAGUGUUCAGGAGCUUUUCUGCUGUUGGUGUCGAUCCUGCCAUAAUGGGUGUUGGUCCAGCUGUUGCAAUUCCAGCAGCUGUUAAAGCUGCUGGUCUAGAGCUUGAAGAUAUCGACCUUUUUGAGAUAAAUGAGGCAUUUGCAUCCCAGUUUGUCUAUUGCCGUAAGAAGCUUGGACUUGACCCGGAGAAGAUCAAUGUCAAUGGAGGUGCAAUGGCAAUCGGACAUCCUUUGGGUGCAACAGGUGCUCGAUGUGUGGCUACUCUGCUGCACGAGAUGAAGCGUCGUGGUAGAGACUCUCGCUUUGGAGUUGUGUCCAUGUGCAUAGGUCGGGGAUAUACCAUAUGGACUAGUUCCCUUACUCUUCUAGAUUGAAUUGUGUUGUUCGAUCAGCGAUGUACCAUGUGGCUAACUAUGACAACUCUAAUGUGCAGGAACCGGGAUGGGAGCGGCAGCUGUGUUCGAAAGAGGGGAUUGUGUAGAUGGCCUUUGCAAUGCGAAGAAAAUAGACAACCAGAACCUCUUAUCCAAAGAUGUCAAGUAAAACCGUUUCUCGCUGCUGGGAGGAAUGAUUGCCGGAACCCUCUCUCAAUAGGACAGGACAACACAAUAAAGUAUUUGAUCUUCUGUUUGUUUAGAAAACUGGAAUUUGCCAAACGAGGUUUGGUUUAUAUCGUAUUCAAUUUACCAUUUGAAGGAACGGGCACCU